UGUCCCGCCUAAGCCGCAAAGUACUGGCAUGCAAGAGAAGGCACGAGUAUUUAUUCGAAAAGAUAACCGGAAAUGUCCAACGCACAGCGGUCUCCAGAAGAUUCAAGAUUGCUGCGGACCUGUUACCUUGACGCAUAUAAAAGGCCUUCAGACAAACCUCUCAAGACACAUAACGCCUCACUAAACUUGCCUCUCUUAAUUGCACACGAAACAAUAUGUCGCUUUCUCAGUUCUACUACGACCCAUUCACUGAGUUCGACCGUCUUUUUGAAAAUGCAUUCGCGUCUCGCUUUCCACGUCAAGGCGCCUUGACUGAAGGCGGACGAAACCUCGAAAGGCGACAGGGUGUCCUGUGCCCAAAGCUAGAUCUUCAUGAGAACAAGGAUACGAAUACUGUUACCGCAACCUUUGAACUGCCGGGGUUGCGUACGGAAGACGUCGCUAUUGACCUCCACGAGAAUCGCAUGACGGUCUCUGGGGAGUUCAAUAAAUCAGAUUCCCGUGAAGAAGGCGGAUUUGCAGUGCGGGAACGCCACCAUGGCAAGUUCUCGCGCACCAUCCAGUUGCCUACCAGUGUCAAGCCCGAGGAUAUCAAGGCAAAGAUGGAGAAUGGGGUCUUGACUGUGACGUUCCCCAAACUUACCGCUGAACAGCAACCUCAUCGCAUCACCAUCUCUUGAGGGACGAAAUUCAUACAAUGAGAAAGGAAGGAAUCUUAUUCGGUGGUUGUUAGCAAUUGUACUUCAGAAUGGCUCCGCUCCGAUUUUUGUACUAGUAACUUCGUGGCUAUGCAAUGAAGAGUUUGUGAUCAGAUUAGUC